UAGGGACCAUAGAGAGAGAGAGAGAGGGGACGGUGAAUAACACUAUUGGACUUUUGUCUAUUGUACGCCAGAGGAAAUAGAGAAGAAGGGGAGGAGAGAGAAAGAAGGGACAGAGUACCCAGUUCUGAGCCCUCUCCAGUCUCUACCAUUCACGAGAGUGAUAGAGAAAAAUAAUAACUGCAAAGAGAAAAAAUGGUGUCGGGGAGCAAGGCAACUGGGAAGAUGAAGAGUGGUAAUUUCCAAUCCUUUGGGAGGGAUAUGAGAGCAUGAGAACCAGAUGAAGAGUCCUCUGUUUGUUUUUCUUCGGAGGAGAAAAGCUUUGAAGUUCGCUUGCAAACCAAUCCACCUUCUCUUCUCUGAUUUGCAGCAGAUUUAAAAAAGAUAAAUGGAGCUCGUCUGAUCGGGAGAGAGAGAGAGAGAGUUAGAAGAGUUGGGUUUUGCUCCUUGCUUGUAUGCGGAGGUUAUAUUAUUAGAUGAGGGGGUUGCCCUUUAACUACCAGAGGAAGGGGACGGUGCUAGUAUCAGAAUCACAGGCAAGAGGAACCCGAGCGGAAGAAAAAAACGGUGUUUGUUGGAACAGCGGCGUUCAUAAGAGGAAGAAAGGUGUCAUCUUGGAGCCAAAAUCGGUUCUGGAUCAGAGAAGCCCGAGUCCUCCGACUUCCACGUCCACGCUGUCUUCUUCCCUCGGCGGCGGAGCCGUACGCUUCACUGAUACCGCCGGUGUGGCGGCGGUGGCGGCGGUUUCCGACAAACCUGCCAUCAAAUGGCCCAACGCAGCCGGAGAAGAAGGUGGGAGAAAAGAGGAGUGGGCACCGGAGCUCCACCCAGUUCCGGCGUCACUGGAGAUGGACUGGGAUACGAUGCUUACUGAAUCCGCUGCUUCUCCUGGACAAGAACAGACUUUUCUCCGCUGGAUCAUGGGAGACCCAGACGACCCAGCGAAGCAACAGCAUCUAAUGCUUUCUUCUCCAACUCCCAUGCCAGAAUUUGACACCGGAAACCAUGGCCUUGGCUUCGGGUUAAUUGAUCCUGGCUUUGGUUUUGAGCACAAUGCUUCGGCCUCUAGCAUUAGCAGCCAUCCAACGCCGCCACAGCUUGAUGCUGCUCCCGGGGAGAAAAAUCACAUUUUUUCGACCUCACUGCCCUUCUCCAUUCCUCCGGCAAUGUUCUUCCAAGAACAUACCGAAGAAAAACCACAGUUUUUUGGCUCAAACCUCCUCCUUAACCAGUUCCAGCAAAACCAGGUUCCCGCAAACCCAGCCUUCUUCGUCCCACUUCCAUCUUUCUCCUCCUCGACGGAGAACCUUUUCCCCAAUUCUCAUCCGGGCGCCGGAUCUGAGCUAUUCGUACGGCCGCAGCCUAACCAAAACUUGAACAUUCCUCAGCUCCACCCUGUCCCGUAUCAUCUUCAGCAUCGACCUCUGAAGCCCAAAUCUCUAUCAGCUGGGGACGAGGCUAUGGCUAUUCAACAGCAGCACCAGCAGGCUCUAGUCGACCAGCUCUUGAAAGCGGCCGAGUUCGUUGAGUCCGGAAACUUGGUCGGCGCACAUGGGAUAUUGGCGCGGCUCAAUCACCAGCUCCCUUCCGCAGUUGGGAAGCCCUUCCUCCGCUCUGCCUUUUACUUCAAGGAGGCUCUGCAACUCCUGGUAAACUACGUGAAUCCACAAGCCGCCACCUCUUCUCCUCACCACCGCAGAACCCCUUUCACUUCCCCAUUGGCUUCUCCAUUGGAUGUUGUUCUCAAGCUCAGCGCUUACAAGGCUUUCUCAGAGGUCUCCCCCAUCAUGCAAUUCACUAACUUCACCGCCACACAGACUCUUCUUGAGGAGCUUGGCACAAGUGAUUGCAUUCACAUAAUCGACUUUGACAUUGGUGUCGGUGGGCAGUGGUCCUCCUUCAUGCAGGAACUUUCACAGCGUAGAUCAUCAUCAUCAGCCAUUUCCCUUCUCAAAAUUACUGCUUUUGUCUCCCCUUAUGCCUUCCACCCCCUGGAGCUCCAUCUCACCAAAGAAAAUCUUUCCCAUUUUGCUUCAGACCUCAACAUCCCCUUUGAAAUUAACAUAGCAAACAUAGAAUCCUUCGACCCUGCUGAGAUUCUUGUUCUCUCCGCUGGUAGCAAUGAGGCCAUUGCUGUGAACCUUCCUGUUGGAGCUUGGCAAGGCCAUUCCUUUCCAACUCUCCUUCGCCUUAUCAAGCAGCUGCUGCCCAAGAUUGUCAUUUCUAUGGAUCAAGGAUGUGAUAGGGGUGACUUGGUCUUCUCUCAUUACUUUCUUCAUGCACUGCAGUCCUGCAUAGUUCUCCUAGACUCCUUUGACGCUGCAGGCACUGACCAGGAUGUGACUAAUAAGAUAGAGAGGUUUGUUCUGCAACCUAGAAUUGAGAAUUGUGUGCUUGGGCGUCACUGCACUGCUGAGAAGACGCUGCCAUGGAGAACUCUUUUUGCUUCAGCCGGGUUUGUUCCAUUUCAGUUCAGCAACUUCACAGAGACUCAGGCGGAGUGCCUCUUGAAAAGGGUACAGGUUAGAGGGUUCUAUGUUGAGAAGCGCCAAGCUGCACUUUACCUGUAUUGGCAACGAGGUGAGCUAGCUUCGGUAUCGGCUUGGAGGUGUUAAAAUAUUUAAUCUACUUGUAUCUCCUAGUUGGAUUUCUUACCACAUGUUGCAGAGUAGGGUAAUUAUAAUCCUUUGAAGGCAUGUUAGAUUCUAAAAUUGUGAAACUUUUGUGGUCAAAAACCCUUUUUUUCGGUAUCCUAAUUGGUUUUACCUUAUCAUGGGAUCAUCUAAUCUACCGAGUCUGUUGCUUUUCUAGACAGAUUGAUUCUCC